AUGGCGGUGCAGGUGGAGCUGAGCGCUUCGGACGCUUUCCCUUCAUGCCUCAGUCCGCUGGAUGUUCUGGUGUCCACAUCUCAACUGGAUUCUAUUUUCCACAAUGACUCGGACCCGCCGACCGUCCUCUUCACCCCGCAGCGGCCCCAGGGCUCCGGGAGGACCGGGGUUCUACUGCGCGUCCACCCGGCCACCGAGGAGGUUGUUGCGGGCUGCCUCGGAGCCGAUACCGGGUCCGGGCGUCGGGUCCGCCUGUUCGCCAGCCACUUCUUCCUGCGGCACCAUGGCCUCCAGCGGCUAGGCAGCACCGGUACCGUCCGGGCUCUGGAGCCAGUGAGCCUGCACAAGGUCGUGCUCGGAGCCCGCAGCAGGCAGUGCCUCCGCUGGGCCCGAGCGGAGCGGUUCGGCAGCGGGCUGCUGGAGCUGUGCCGCCCGGGUCAGUGGCUGCUGGCCCGGCAGGGAGACCCGCUGCUGCUGCCCCGACACCCGCUGUUGGAGGAGGAUCCGGCACAGAUGCAGCACCAGCUGUCGGAGUUGCUGGUUCUGGAGUGCAGUCCGGUCACACAGGGGAGGAUCACGGCCAACACCUCUGUGGUUCUGAUGGACUGCUCGGACUCGGUGGACCCCCCAGGCUGCCCCUCGCCCUGCAGACUGCUCACACUGUGCGUGUCAGACUUUGCUCACUGCGUGGAAAGCCUCGGCAGCGGCCGGCGUCUCCUGGACAACAGGAAGCUGCUGGGCUCCGGGUUCUCAGGCGUCCUGCAGGCGCUGGAGUGCAGGCUGGAGGUCCGGGUGGUGGACACUCAGCGCUGGCUGGGGGUCAGAGGUCCGGAGGGAGCAGCUGUGGAUGCAGACAACAGUGUGUUUGUGAGCAAAGCGCUGCUCCUCAGACUGGGGCUGUUCAACCAGGAGUGGGUGAGGCUCUCCAGGCCCGGGGCGUCGCUCAGACCAGCCCCAGGAGAACCGGACCACAGGGGAGGCAGAGAGCGGCUGGUCUCUGUGGUGGUGGUGGAUCUAAGUCUGAAUCCAGAACCUAAUGAUGAUGUGGGUUUUAUAUCUGCGACUCUGUGGUUCAACAUGACUGAAGGCGACGUGGUCCCUGUGAACAGCUGCACCCUGAGGAUGAAGAGGUGGAAACCGCCUCCUGCAGCUCCCGCUCAUCGUCGCUCUGACAGCUUCUGUCGCUGGGCCUCUCCGUCGUUCGCCAGUGAGCUUCACAUCCAGCUGGUGGUUUCUCCGCUGUACAGCAACCUCAGCUUCUACGACAACCUGCUGGCUGAACACUUCAGCACGCCCAGACUCGUGUCACAGGGAGACGUCCUGACAGUUUCCACUGAGAACCAUCCAGACCUGCUUGAAAACAACUCUGAGGGAAUCCACAGGUGUCCAGUGCUGUUCUUCAGAGUGCAGAGAGUGUGUUCGUCUGCAGAGAGAGGAGAAGAAGGAGGAGGAGGAGGCGCUCACCUGGUGGACAGACUGCACACCUCACUCUACCUGGGAGCGCCCAUCAACAGCCCCGCCCCCUGCCCCGCCCCCGGCCGCUCUGUGGAGGGAGCAUCUCUGUGGAGCAGUCUGUCUCCUCCAGGCCUCAACAAGACAGUCAACGUCAUCAGCAGUAUCAUCCUGCCUCACCUGCAGCACAGCAGCUCCUUGUCUGGCUGCACCGUUCUCCUUCACGGUCCUGCAGGAAGUGGCAAAAUGACGGUGGUCAGAGCGGCGAGUCGCAGACUGAACCUCCACCUGCUGAAGGUGGACUGUGUGAGCGUGUGCGCCGACACACCUGCAGCCUCUGAGGUGAAGCUGGCGACGGUGUUUCAGCGGGCCGAGUCCCUGCAGCCCUGCAUCCUGCUGCUCAGGAACCUGCAUCUCCUGCUCAGGCCUCGGGGGGCUGCUGAAGACCACGGCAGGGUGCAGGGGGCUCUGUGUCAGCUGCUCAGUAGCGCCCCCUCCAGUGUGCUGGUGGUUGCGACGGUCUGCAGGCCUCGGGAUCUGUCUGCAGGUGUAAUGGCAGCAUUUGUCCACCAGGUGGCCUUAGAGAGCCCCACUGAAAAGCAGCGGCGCUCCAUGCUGGGCAGCCUGAGCCGAGACCUUCACCUGGGGAGAGAUGUCAGCCUGGAGCGACUGGCCAAACUCACCGCAGGCUUUGUGUUGGGGGAUCUGAGUGCUCUGGUGGCUGAGGCUGGUCGAGCUGCAUGCAGGAGGCUGAUCCUCGCCUGUGGUGGCCGGCAGCAGGAGGCUCUGUGUUCCAGUGGAGUGACCAUUCUGAACCAGGACUUCACCGCUGCCCUGGAGACCCUGCAGGACGCCCAGUCUAAGGCCAUCGGAGCCCCAAAGAUCCCUCAUGUUCGUUGGGAGGAUGUUGGAGGCCUGCAGCACGUGAAGAAAGAUAUCCUGGACACAGUUCAGCUUCCUCUGCAACGCCCAGAACUCCUGUCUCUGGGUCUGAACCGGACCGGAGUCCUGCUGUACGGACCCCCAGGAACAGGAAAGACUCUGCUGGCCAAAGCUGUGGCCACUGAGUGCUCCAUGACCUUCCUCAGCGUUAAAGGUCCGGAGCUCAUCAACAUGUACGUCGGUCAGAGCGAAGAGAACAUCAGAGAAGUGUUCUCCAGAGCGCGCUCAGCAGCUCCCUGUGUCGUCUUCUUUGAUGAGCUGGACUCUCUGGCUCCCAGCAGGGGGCGCAGCGGAGACUCUGGAGGGGUGAUGGAUCGGGUUGUGUCUCAGCUGCUGGCUGAGCUCGAUGCGCUGCACUCGUCUGUCGGAGUUUUUGUGAUUGGAGCCACAAACCGCCCAGACCUGCUGGACCAGUCCCUGCUGAGGCCCGGCAGGUUUGAUAAGCUGGUCUAUGUUGGGAUCAACGAGGACCGGGUCUCCCAGCUGGAGGUUCUGCAGGCCGUUCUGAGAAGGUUCAGCUUGGACCCGGCCGUGAGCCUACAGGAGGUGGUGGAUCGCUGCCCUGCUCAGAUGACCGGUGCAGAUCUCUACGCGCUCUGUUCAGACGCCAUGACGGCUGCCAUCAAGCGAAAGAUCUCCCACAUCAACGGCGGUCUGGAUUCAGAGGACUCUCCGGUCCUCCUCUCCGUCCAGGAUUUCUGGACCGCGCUGGACAACUUCAAGCCGUCUGUGUCUGAGCAGGAACUGCAGCGAUACAGAAACAUCCAACAGGCUCUCACUGCAAAGUAGAAACCGAAGCAGCUGUUCAUCAGCACAAGGUGGCGUCUGCUCCCUCCAACAGCUGCCCACAUGUUUCCAGAGGAAGACUCACAUCAACAUCUAUGUAAAUAAAUAAAGUGCUGACAAAACAUAUCUACUCUGAACUACCACAAAGCGAUCAAAUGUAAAUGAUGUAAAAACACGUGACUUUAUAAAGCUAAUGAAUAGAUACAGACAUGA